UCAUUGUGAUUUGCGAGUUUGGUGCGAGUAGUUUGUGCAAGUUUUAGGAAGUUCAAUUACUGCAAUAAUUUUGAUAUUUAAUAGUAAAGUACGUAAUAGUUUUGUAAUCAUCAAAAAUGGUUACCGGUCGUGCCUUGCAUUUUGUUUUCAAAGUUGCUGAUAGGACAUUAACGGCAAAGUUUUACCGAGAAAUUUUAGGCAUGAAGGUACUGAGACAUGAAGAAUUUUCUGAAGGCUGUGAGGCUACAUGUAAUGGGCCAUAUGCUAACAGAUGGAGCAAAACUAUGGUAGGUUAUGGUCCGGAAGACAAUCAUUUUGUUGUUGAAUUAACAUACAAUUAUGGUGUUACUGAAUAUGAGCAAGGCAAUGACUUCCUGGGGAUUACAGUUCAAUCAAGUGAAAGCUUAAAGCGAGCGGCAUCUAAUAACUGGCCUAUUAAAGAACAGAACGGCUUGAAGUAUAUAGAAGCACCUGGGGGAUACAAGUUUUACAUAAUUGAUAAACCACAGCCAAUUGAUAGGGAUCCAGUUGUUAAGGUAUCACUUGCGUGCUCGAAUUUGGCAAGAUCAAUUGCUUACUGGAACGGCCUCUUAUCAUUGAAGAUCUAUGAGAAAACAGACAAAUCCGCAAUAUUUGCAUUUGGUGACGAUCAAGCUAAGCUGGAACUAGUGGAUAUUGGUGCCCCUGUGAACCACGCCAAAGCAUACGGUCGUAUUGCUUUUUCCUGCCCGUUCGAAGAGCAACCAAUUAUCGAACAAAAGAUCCAGAAGGCGAAUGAGAAAAUUCUUACACCACUUAUUUCUCUGGACACACCAGGCAAGGCGACGGUGAGAGUCAUCAUUCUCGCCGACCCCGACGAUCACGAGAUUUGCUUCGUUGAUGAUGAGAGCUUCCGUCAGCUUUCCCAAGUUGACCCCAAUAGUGACGCCGAUUUGGACAAGUUCAUAAAAUCGGACAAAUCCAGGGCGUAAAUAUUUAACAUUUACGGGCUUACAAAUAAACUUUGUAUAAAGGUGUACCUGAGAAUCAACCAAGGUUAUGCAAAAAGUUUACCAAUAGAUAAUUUGCUAUAUGAUUGGUUUAUUCGGACGUGUAACGUUUCCCGCGUUUAUUUGCAAAGCUGCCUGACAUUUGGAAAACUUGAGAAUUAACAUUGUAUUGACAGUGUUGUCAGCGAUCAGCAGUCUUGCCAUAAAUACUGAAACAAAAAAAAAUGAAAAAAUUUCUGUUGCAAAUAAAAUUUAUUACUUUAACAGUGUGUUAGUUUAAUACAUAAAUAUAAAACAAUUUUAAAAAUAUAAAAGGCUUAUUCGAAGUGGUCUCCAUUGGCUGCAAUACAGUCCAUUAAACGUUGAGGCCAGCUAUCAAUAGAAGCACGCACUCUUUCCAUGGGAAAAUUCUUCACUGCCAAUCGUACGGAUUGUUUUUGGGACUCCAAAUUAACAUGGCGUUUAGAGCAAGCCGUACUCUCUAAAACUUACCUUAAAUCGUAAUCCAGCGGACUAAGAUCGGGACUAGAUGACGGCCACUCUUCAGCUCUGAUGAACUCCGAAACGUUCUAAUACGAACCGAAACUAAUACCUAGCGUAUGGAGAGUUUAAAAAAUUGCAUUUGGCUCCAUACCUACUUUGUGUAAUGCAAUCACAGUGAUUCGGUUCUCUUUAUCACCCCACUCCAUUUUAAUAUCGCAAAUGUUGUACAAUGUAUUGGCGGCAAAAUGAGAAAACUCAAUGAACAAUCAUAUAAAAUUGACAUAUUCCAAAUUCAAAUGUAAUAUUUUGUUUAUUUUUAAUUGUAACAGUAUUUAUGGCCAGACUAAGUAUGUUGACUAUAAAAUUUAGCAUAUUCUUGGUUUAUUCUCAGUUAUAACUUUAUACCAAGUUUAUUUGUAAGGCCAUAUAAGUUUUAGUAUAAAGCAUAGUUGAUACAUUUAGGUUUAAGUUAAUAUGAAAUUAUAUUUUGAUUGUUAAAUUACAAACGAAAUCGAAUAAGUCUCGAUUUGGACCAUUUUGUUUCAAAUUUUUAAAACUACCCUCGAAUGUGUUUUUUUUCUAAAUUAAAAAAAAAACAAUUCAAUGAUGCUUCAUAUUACAUUUAAGUUUAAGUUAAUAUGAAAUUAUAUUUUGAUUGUUAAAUUACAAACGAAAUCGAAUAAGUCUCGAUUUGGACCAUUUUGUUUCAAAUUUUUAAAACUACCCUCGAAUGUGUUUUUUUUUUCUAAAUUUAAAAAAAAACAAUUCAAUGAUGCUGCAUAUUGCAUUAUGCACCUUUGUAUACUUUAAAAGUUUCUAUUACGUUUUUAUAAGUUACACCAAAUUAUUUAUUUAUUUUCCAUAACAUGGAUACUAUACAUAAUGAAAAUCGUUUCUAUGAAUAUUUAUGUAAAUUAUUUUAAAAAGCUUAACAUAAGCGAUUAUAUGUGAUAUUACUAGCUUAGCUAUAUUGGUGAAAGUUAAUUCCUUAUAGUAUUCAGUAAGAAACCUAACAUU